CCACAUUUUGACAAAUGCAAAGACACAACAAAUGUCAAACAAGUAUGGCCCUUCAUGGUUUUAUCGGCACUUGGGAGAUUAUUGGAUGCGGAUACAUUUCGGGGACUUACAGUGACAAUCAAGGAUUGGAAGGUGUUCGAUUCCGUUUGGAUGAUAAUGGAGACGUCAUUUGGACGGUCCCUGAAGAACUCAAAUCGAUCCCCCUUUUUAGUUGUGAGACGUAUGAGCUUUACAGUACAACAAUAUCAGGGGUUGUUUUGCGUUUUGGGGCUUACGCUGGUCAUGUUUUGGAAUUCAGGUGUGAUCAAAUGGAACCCCGUGACAAUCUCACAAUGACGUGUGAGAGUUGGUGUAUGCUUCAUUGUAAACGCAUUUAUGAGGAUUCCACUGAUAAAUACCAUUCAAUACCAUUUUCUUUACUACCAGCCCUGGAAGACGGCUAUUUUUCAGACUUGACUAUUGUUUCAUCAAAUAAAAAACAAUUUAAGGUUCAUUCAACAAUUUUAAAAUUGCAAGGUUGUGACAUCGAUUGGUUUGCUGACCCUUACCCCUUUAGUAAUCUCCCAGAAGAUGUUUUGGGUACAAUAUUACAUUUUCUUUACGCUGAAUGUCUGCCAGAAAACUUAACGGAAAUUACCACUCAUCAGGUCUUAAAUGCUGUGUCUCAAUACCCCUGUCUUAAUAAACUUGUUAGUAAAUGUAAUUUAUAUUUGAAAAAUAUGGCACUAAAGCAACAAAUAAUUGGUCUAGUCAAUGACAUGCAUGGAAGCAUGAAUCAAAUAAUUGAACACUUUAAUGUAAGAAAUAACCAUUUGUCUUCAGAAAACAUCACUUCAAAUCCUGCAAAACUCUGUUUUGUGGUGAAACAAUCAAUCAGGGAUGCGGCAGUUGCCGGAGUAAAACUGUUAUUGCUCUGUGAUUUGUUUACAAAACGCAAAAACGAACUGUCCCGAGAGGAACGUCACGAAAUAAUCCGUUAUGCGAAAUCGAGGCUUCCCAUAUUUCUGAUGCAACUCCAAAGGUUUUUGCAAGCAUUAAAAAAUACUUUUGGUUCAAUGUCGGCGGCACAACGUCUUGAAGUUGCAACUUUCUUAGUUCCUGAAAUCGAAAUUAUAUUAGAUACAGUUUCCACUUUGAUCGUGCAGGUGGAAAAAGCCUUAUCACAAAUAAUUCAAGUGCUUUCACCCAAUGAUAGUUCCAAAAAUAAAUCAGGGGUCGGAGAAAUGUUAGGCAAAUCGUUACGAAAUGUUUUACACAUAAGAGAAUUAACUAAAUUGGAAAAUUUCCACGAGCACAUAACCUGCAGUCUCGGGCUUCUGCUUCACAAAAGGGAGAAUUUUAAUGACAUGUCUUCGGCUCAAAAAGUUCGUUCAGUUGCGAGGAAUUUAGAGCAGCUCAUUGAGGAGCUUCCAAUAUUUCUUUUGCGUUUGGAGGACGUGACUGCAGCCUUUGAUGAAAAACUCGAAUGGAGAGAAUUCAAGUUUUGUUUCAAAGUUGGCACUAGCAAAGUUUCGGGAAUUUUGCAAAAACUAGUCGCACACAGAGAUAUGUUACAAGAUGUCGUUUUGCAACUUUGCGAACUGGUCCAAAGGGAUUCGUUCAAUCAGUCGUUGCAAAGUUUAGGUUUAUUAGACGCGACUACCACUUCGGCUCAUUCCAAUGAUUGCCAGAAAAUGUCGCCGAGUUCGUGUUAUUCGACCCCGAAACAUCAUCACGGCUAUAAGCUCAAUUUAGUCGAAUCUCUAUGUGUUCCUCCACCUUCGAAUACCAGUAUUUUAUCAAAACUUGCUUUACAAUUAUUUAAAAGUGCGAUCGACCCUGAUAUGGAGUUCGAAAUUGUUGGUAAUAGUGGUGCCAACAGUGAACAAAGCGAAAAUGAAGCGCAGUCGGAGGAAGAACGGAUUAUUAAAGCUCAUCGUGUCAUCGUCGCAGCAAGGUGUGAUUGGUUUAGAAGGGCAUUGUUGUCUGGGAUGAGAGAAGCCAUCGAUAAGAAAAUAAUUAUCCACGAUACAAACCCUUUCCUCUUCCGCAUUUUUCUGGAAUACCUCUACAGCGGUCGGCUCCGCGACGACUCUCUCUCAGUCGAACAACUCGUCGAACUCUUACUCCUAAGCGACCGUUAUGAGGUGGAUUCUUUGAAACAAACAUGCGAAUAUGCCCUUCAACACAGCAUAGAUCUAGAUUCGGCCUUGUAUUUCUUCAAUAUGGCUGAUCAGUACAACGCUCGAAUCUUAAAAAACUUCUGCUUAAGUUUCAUAGCGCAACAUCACGAACUAACCGAAAGCGAGGUAUUCUUUGAAUUGCCCAUCGCACUGCAAGCUGAGAUAUUCGAUUGUGUGUGGACGCAACCACCACCAGCAAAGUCUUCAACAAUGGAACAAUUACUACCCUCAUCUGUUACACCGCCGAGCCCAGAUUCGAGCGUCUCUGAAAGGCACAAAAUACCCGUCUGUCGCAAUUUUCAAUCCGAUUAUCAACAAUCGAACAGUAGUUCGAUUGAAGAUCUUCCACUGGCGCAAGAUGCGGGCCGAUUGGAUAAUUGCAUCAGACAAUUGAGAGAUAUAAUAGGAGAUAGCGCCCCACGAGAGCAAUUAGUACAAGUCGUUUUAGCCGCCGACUACGAUCUAUGUAGAGCGGUGAAUUUCUAUUAUGCCAGAAAUCAAGAAGACGAGUAGCGUUUCCAUUUUUCAUGCACCUUGUUAAUAACUUUAGCAAUUCGAAAAAGACUGCACUUAUUUCGUGAUCGUCUGAAAAUCAAACGUUUUGUGUCAUUAUUUAAUUAUUUAUUGUAUUCUGUUUAUCUCUAUCGCAUAAAGUGUCAUAAUUUUAUUUGCCACUUUAUAUAGUAUUCUUAUGUAUUAUUUUAACAUUCCUGUAGCUUUAUUGUGGUUUUAACGUUGAGAUUAUUUUGAUUACUAGUCAGUUGUUUAGUGGUCUUCUUUUGUAAAUAAUUGGUUUUAUGUAGGCAACGAAAAAUUUUAUUUAGAUUAUUUACACAAGAUGACUAACUUUUAAAUCUAGAUGGAGUCAUUUUAAAGAAGAAAUAUAUACUUAUCGUUUAUUAUUGUUGUGCUAAUACUUAAUUUUCUCGCCAAAUUUUGAUGUUUAGAGUCAAAAUAAUGAAAGAGUUUAGACCUCACUAAAAUAUCGAUGUUACUGUUAUUAUGAUAAUAAAUCUCUUUAUAUCAAGUC